AUGUCGGAUUCAUUAUAUAAUGAUUACAAAAACAAUUGUUAUGAAUAUAUGAAAACAGUUAAUUACACUGAAAAAAUUAUAAAAGAUAAUAAUUCAGAUCAAAAUAAAUUGCUAAAUAUUUAUGAGAAAGCAGUAAAUAGUGCUGAAAGCAUGUUUAAACGCAUGCAACUCGAAGUAGAAACGAAUACAAUAAUUAGUGAUCAACAAAAUGAAUUAAAUGAAAUACAAACAAAAAUAACAGAAUAUAAAUAUAAAUUAAAAAAAUAUAAAGAUGAAUUUUUAGAAAAUAGUUUAACAAAAAAAAAUAUUAAUAACAAUUUUGAUGAUGAUAGAGAAUAUCUUCUUACUGACAUAGACAUAAUAGAAAAAGGUGAUGUAUAUAUAAAUCAAUCAAAAAUAUUAUUAGACAAUUCUGAAUAUAUUAGUAAUGAUGUUAUGAGACUAUUAAAUAAACAAAAAGAAUCACUAAAAAAAAAUAUUUCAAAUAUUUCUUUUGUUACUGAUAAAUUAGAUAUUGCUAAAAAUAUUAUGAAAAGCUUAAAAAAUAAAGAUAUAUUUAAUAAAUAUAGAUUAUAUAUUAUUUAUAUAUUUAUAUUAUUUACAUUUUCUUUUAUUACAAUUGUAAAAUAUAAUCGAUAUGUAUCAACCACAAUUGAUACAGUUACACAAAAAAAUAAUCUUAUUCAUGACAUUAAUAAUGUUAAUAUACAAAAUGAACCACAUACCCCUGUAAAUAAUUUACCAAACAUAAACGAGACAAAUAUAACACUAAACAAUUUAGACGAUAAUAAUCAAAGCGAACAAAAUAAUGAAAACACACCAAGUGAUAAUAGUACCAUAAACCAAGAAUAA